UGCUGAAACUAAAAACAUGCCGAGAAUUGUACUUAUGCGCUUCCUCUCCACCUUUUACUCUCAUCCUCUCCAAUUCUCAACAUUAUUGUUUGUAUCUUUCGGUUUCGCUUGGAGGUGACCUUCGCAAGAGUCGGAAUUCCUGCGCCAGUGACAUAUUCGGAACAGCUCCAUCUCUCAUCUCUCCUCGGUCUAUGCGUUUACCCGUCGUCAUCACCACCAUUCUUAUCUAGAGGACGAAAACACCCUUAUUCCACAGUCAUGCCUUCAAACACGUCCGUCAGUUACGGACAGGUCAUCGAGUAUAUCCAAGAUCGAGUCUACCUAGCUUCAUACACCCACCCACCAUCGGAACAUACUCCCUUCCCAUAUCCGACCAAACCUUCGAAGUCACCGACGAAGCGAUCGUCAAGAGCGCAAAAUGGUCCGACAGCAGCAUCAACAACCAGGCCAAAAGUCCCGGCAUACUUCACCAUUGACAACACCCUCCUGUACAAUGCAUUCCACGCCGAUUUUGGUCCAUUGCACGUCGGUCAUCUCUAUCGCUUCGCAGUUUUACUUCAUGAAGUUCUGGCAGAUCCUGCCAAUGUUGAUCGCCCAGUGGUUUUCUGGAGUAACGACGACUCAAGAAGUCGAGCCAAUGCUGCGUGCAUUCUGGCAUGUUAUAUGGUGAUGAUCCAGUCAUGGCCACCACAUCUCGCGCUUGCACCGAUAUCACAAAUGGAUCCACCAUGCAUGCCGUUCCGGGAUGCUGGAUACAGCCAGGCGGACUAUGUUUUGAAUGUUCAAGACAUUGUUUAUGGUGUGUGGAAAGCAAAAGAGGAAAAUUUGGUGGGCCUACGGGAAUUUAACUUGGAAGAAUAUGAACGAUUUGAGAGAGUCGAUAUGGGGGAUUUCAAUUGGGUUACACCCGAUUUUCUUGCCUUUGCAUCUCCUCAAUGCACACCAGUGGCACCGGUCGCCCAGUCGGACCCUCGGUGGGCCAAGAUCCCAUCAACAAGGUCGGGCGUGGCUGCAGCGAGAGAUAUACCGCUUCCAUUCAAGAACGUGCUCAUGCAUUUCAGCGAGCGGAACAUUGGCCUCGUCGUCCGCUUGAACUCGGAGCUUUAUUGCCCAACAUACUUCACCAAGCUUGGCAUCCAACACCUCGAUAUGAUCUUCGAUGAUGGGACAUGCCCGGGACUUAAGAUGGUUCGUCAAUUCAUCAACUUGGCGCAUGAGGUCAUCACGGUGCGGAAACGCGGAAUUGCAGUUCACUGUAAAGCUGGAUUGGGACGGACCGGCUGCCUCAUUGGAGCCUAUCUCAUCUAUCGACAUGGCUUCACAGCCAACGAGAUCAUUGCAUUCAUGCGGUUUAUGCGACCGGGUAUGGUGGUCGGUCCUCAACAACAUUGGCUUCACCUCAACCAAGGCACAUUCCGCGAAUGGUGGUUCGAAGAUACGGUCUUGAAACCGAAGCUUGCUGCCAUUUCUACCCUUUCCGCUCCUGCUACACCUUCAAAAUCCUCCCCACGACGUCUAGUCAGCACCAGUCAGAGCUAUACUCCCCCUCACAACAAACGAGAAGCCCUUGGCGAGAUCACCUCCAACGGAGAGCGACCCGACUCCCGCGUUUCUUCCGGAUCCUUCCAUACAUCCACUUCCACCUCCACCAUCGAACGAUCCACGCAUACCACCACCGUCCCUCCAACAAACCCCACCACCUGCGGCGUCUCUACUGAGAACCUCCCUGCCCCCACCCCCGGCCAACCCCGCAAGACCUCCAAACGCUACGGUCCCGGCGUCUCCUCUCCCCUCCGCAACCUCUCCAGCCGCCUCAGCUCUCCCCACACCGUCGACUACAUCCACGAAGAUGAUCCCCACGCCCUCCCUGCCGUCUCCGACACCGAGGGCGCCGACGACGUCGACGUCGACGUCGUCAUGAUGUCCUCCUACCGCGACGCCCCUUCCGGGGAGACCGAGGAAGAAAUCCAACUCCGCAUGCUAGCGCGCCGCCACGCGAGCCGGUCACCGACAUCCUCAACGCGCAAAUCGGCAGCGGCGGCCGCGCGGCGGGCGGUGAGUCAUUCGAGCGGCAUUGGGGGGAACGCGGCGGCGUUGCUGGAGGAGCUGGGCAUGGGGGAUGGGGAGGUGGGGAUCGAGAACCGGCCGAUCGGGCAAGAGACGAAGGCGCGGAAGGUGAGCGGGGGUUACGCGAAGAUGGACAAUCGGGCGCCGCAGAGUGCGAGGAAGAGUGCGGAUGGGGUGAGGAAGGUGAGUGGGCGGGUGGGGAGCAUGGGGAGCAUCGCUGUCGGGGGGAGGAAGUGA